AUGGAUCUAAUUAAAAAAGAAGAACGGGUAUCAGUUCUAAUUCGACUCUUUGGAGAUGAAACAAUUAAUCAAUACCAACGUUGCGUCAGCACUAUCAACCGUGACAUAAUCCAGCUCUCAGAAACUCCAGACUUUCAAGAUUUCAAUGAUAUUGAAGGCUUCAUUCGCAAAGAUAAGUUAGCCCACAGUCCUCAAAAAGGUGACCAGCUUCAAUUUUCUGAACAAUUAUCACAAGAGCCUUCAUCCCCUCAAAGAAAGCCUAAAGAUCUCCCUGAAAUGCUGCAAAAGGAAAAAUCCCAAUUAAUUAGCGUUGACUAUGUUUAUUUAGAAAACGAGCCUGCUGAGCUUAUAGUGCAAAAUUUAGCUUUAGAUUUAAAAAAGCAUAACUGCAUUAUCAGUGUAGGCAGAAGCGAAGCAUUAACUGUAAAAGGCGGGAUGAUAAUUGGACUUCUUAAGAGGGCUUUCGAUGAAGGAUUUCAAGUACAGAUAUCAUGCGCUGUAAUUGGGAAUAAGGUCCAGCCACUUAUAGAAGGGAAUAAAGAUAUAAAGCGCUUUGAAGAAGGUGUAGGGAUUUUUUAUAGUCUUGAUUAUUUUAAUCCAAGGAAAUCUAAAGAGCCUUUAGUUGUGACUACAAUUAUGCUGUCUUAUGUAAAAUAGCAGUUUUAGCAAUUUUAAAAUAAUUAAUUUGAAUUUUUUUUAAAAUAGCAUAUUUUAGAAAAACAAGGAGAAAAAUCAUUUUUGCAAUUCGCUGACAUUUCUCAAUUCAAUAAAUCAGUUGAAAACCUUGGACUCGUUUUAACGAACAGCGAGGAAUUUACAGAAAUCCCAGCCAAAGACAAACUUGUACAAGUCCUCUCCAAAUCAAUCUGCUCAGCUGGCAAAGUUGUGGUAAUCGGCAAUAUCAACCCUACCAUUCCUUAUUAUUCCCAAACAAAAAACACUUUAUCAUUCCUCGACAAUAUUUACAAAAAUCGCCACAAAAGUAAAACUCUUUAUACGCAGCUGUUAUUAACUCCCCCUUUUUAAAUUUUUUUUCAAUAGAAAAAUUUAUAAGUAAAAAAAUCAUGAUUUUUAUAAAUUAGUUUGACCUAACUAAUUGGAAAAAGUGCAAGUAGAAAGCAAUUUAAACAGUUUUUCACAUUGAAUCAGUUAAUUUUUUGAAUUAAUUUUUCAUAAUAAAUUAAAAUCCAAAAAGAUUGCGUUCAAAUUAUAUUUUUUUUUGUUGAAAAAAAUAACCCCCCGAAAAUUGAAACAGGUUUUUUUGUUCCGAUUUAAAGGAGGAGUAAGACAAAUAGAAAGGCUGCAAAGAAACAAUACAGUAGUAGCUAGAAACCAUGAAGAAUUAGGCACACAGAUAAAUAUAAUAAAAGAAGAAAAAAGCAAAGCAGAUGAAGAUAUAAAAAUGUACCAAACAAUGCUGCUAGAUUUGCAGCAAAAACAAAUGAUGCCGAGGGACGAACAAGAAAUCGUCAACUUAACACAGCAGCUAAACUCACUCAGAGAGGUAGAUUUGAUUAAGAAAACAGAAAUUUAUGAGCUAAAACAAAAAUGCCAGGAUUUAGAAAAAAUGCUUCAAGAAGAAAAAGAAAAAACCCGGGGAUUUGAAAAAGAGCUGGAAAUUGAAAAAUAUUAUAGAGAAGAAAAAGACCGAAAAUAUGAAGAUUUAAGCAAAAAUGUUAAUUUGAUAAAUGGCAAGUUGCAUGAAGCUGAAGCUAUGGUAAAGGUCCAAAAAAGCUUUAUUGAGUCAUUGCCAAGCCACAUUACAGUCCCGAAAAAUAUUAAUAGAGAAAUGAAUGAUAUAGCAAUUUCCCCUUUUAAAGAUACAGACAAUAAAGAAAACCAGAUGAAUUUGCAGGAGCAGCUCGCACAGGUGCAGAGUGAAUUGGAUUCUGUCAAAGUUGAGCUGAGGAUUUCUAAUGAAAAAAUUCAGCAGUUAGAAAAAGCUGAGAAUCCUAUAGAAAACAGCAAAGAUAUGGAGUACUAUAAUUUAGUAAAAGGAGCAUGAAGCUUUACAGAGGCUGUACAAAAAGAAUUAAUGACAAUAAUAGAGAAUUUGAGGACAUUGAUGGACGUCAGAGUAAAAAAUGCUGCUGCAAAAGAAUAUGCUUUAAGGCUGAGGCUGCAAAAAAUCCACACAAAUCAUACAGAAUUUCUUAAAGAGUAUCAGCAGAAAAUCAAAGAUAAAGAGGAAUUAGCGAGCGAGCACUCUAAAUUGGAAAAAGAACAUAUAGAGCUGCAAGGGAAAUAUGACGCGCUGAAAGCUGAAAUUAAAGAUGAAGUGCAAAAAUUCAAAGUGGAUGCUAAAGAUAAAUUGAAAAACUAUAAGGGCGAGCUGCAAAACUACAAAAAAGAAAAUGAGGAACUAAAAGUAAAGCUCCAAGAAAGUGAAGCUGCAAUUAAGCAAUUAAAGGAAAGAAAUGCACAUAUUGUUGACGAAAUGAAAGAUUUAACGCACAGAUACGAUAAAUCAAAGAGCGAUUUUAUCAAAAAUCUUAACAUAGAAAAAGAAGAAAUGAAGGAGCAAUUUAAUAAAGAAAAGAAAAGAUUUGAGGAAGAAAUUGCUGCACUUAAAAUGCUGAGGGAGCCAUUAGCGAAUCCAAGGAGAAAAGCAAAUGCUUAA